AUGUCGAUCAAGGUAUCAGACGCUCUUCUCAAGCUCAAAGUGCCAGUGCCAGGGGCAGGCUAUCUCAAAGAUAUAUCGCCAAUACCGAGUAGAUCUCAAGGCCACAACUGCGUCGUAGCACCCAUCAGCACCGUGCUCUUCGUCCCCAAGGAUCAACACCCUGUCUUCCCGCUCUGGACUCAAGGAUUAGUUUGGGAGUCGAAUAUAUCCAAGGACAAGCACUGGACAGACUACCCCACACCAGGCACGAUCGUAGUCAUGCAGCAGCCACCUGAGCAGAGUGUAGCGCUGCUCGGCGACAUUGUAGCAACCAGACUCAAGUAUCGCGGUCUGCUGGGUGCAGUUAUCGAUGGUCGAGCCCGAGACGUGGUAUCCUGUGGCGAGCUGUGCAAAGAUGGUUCGUUCCAAGUCUGGUCCAAGGCUCUCAGCUCAGUCGGCACAAGUAUGGAAGCCAAGCCAUGGGCGGUGGACGUUCCUAUCACGAUCGGCGGAGUGCAAGUCUCGCCCGGAGAUGUCUUGUGCGCGGAUGAAGGCGAGGGCGUGAUCUGCGUCAUACCAAAUGACAGACUGCAAGAGGUGGCUGAUCUGCUACCGAAGCUCAAGAAGGCUGAUGAUGGUGUUUUGGCAGAUGUGCAGAAGGGCGAAGACUUCUUGACUGCGCUCAAGAACUACCCGGACCACUACAGCAACAAAUGA